CCGAUAUUCCCGAGACCGUAUAGUUUAUUCAUCUUGGUCAAUAUAACAUUUAUAUAGUGGUGGAUAAUUUAUUUGGUCCAAAGAAAUAAUAUAGAGUUGACCGGUUGAUCAAAAAGGCCCAAAUACCGGCGUUGGCAAUUUAACCGAUAAAUGCCCGAAAUUGAAUCUCGGGGACUUAUAAAUUUAAGUUGGGGAAUGAAUAUUCAUUAUAAGGGUCAUGAUGAUGGAGAACACAUAAAUAUUUUAUUUGAACCGAUAAAAUAAAAUAUAUUUAAAACAGUCCGAAAAAUACAACUUUCGGGGCCGAUUGUACUGUUCGGGAAUUAGAGGGAUGACCACCCACAUAUAUGGGGGCCACCCCAUAUAUUUUUGUCACCCAAAUCAGGGGGUGGGGCGGAUGGUGUGAUAUGGGAGCAUAGGAGAUGUGUGAGGUGAAGGAAAAGGCAUCAAAUAAAACAAGGUGGACCCUCCCCCACACCACUCUCACUAUUGAGACAAAAAGGAAAACACCCACCCCUUACCUUCCUUAAUCAUUCGGCCAACCCAUCUCAGCCUAGAACAAGAGAAAUCUCCAGCCUUCCUCCAUUGUUGAAGGGAGUUCAAGGGAGCAAGAAAACCAAGGAAGAGGGAAGAGUUGCGAAAUAGUGUAAAAUCCUUGAAAAUAAAGGAACUUGAUUUAGAGUAUCUUUGAGCUUCGCCGGAGUUUCGCCGGAGUUGGUCAAAGUUGGCCGGAGUUGGUCAAAGUUCGCCAAAGUUCAAUCGGGAUACGUAGAUCGCGCCUAAGCUCACUUAAGUUUGACGCUCUUUCAAGAUUUCUUUGUGUGCGCUGAGCAGCUGAUUUUUCAUAUCAAACAAAGACUGCUCCUUGCCGAGGCAUGAAGUGAAGGAAAGGUUUUGCAGGAAAGAAAGAGUUUUGUAGACUCUGUUUAGGUGCUUGAGAAUUGUGUUUUUAAAGGGAAGGGUUUUAUAGGGACGCUGAACUUCAGAUGGGCAGUUCGAAAUUGGAGGGGACAUCAACACCUGCUCUUAGGAGAGACCCCUACGAGGUGUUGUGUGUUUCAAGGGAUUCUUCUGAUCAGGAAAUUAAGGCUGCUUAUAGGAAACUUGCCCUCAAGUAUCAUCCCGACAAGAAUGCUAGUAACCCUGAAGCUUCAGAGCAUUUCAAGGAGGUCGCAUAUUCAUAUAACAUUUUAUCGGAUCCUGAGAAAAGGAGGCAAUAUGAUAUGUCUGGAUUUGAGGCUCUGGAUGCCGAUGGAAUGGAUAUGGAAGUUGACCUAUCCAACCUUGGUACUGUGAAUACAAUGUUUGCAGCACUGUUCAGCAAAUUAGGUGUUCCUAUCAAGACUACUAUUUCGGCAAAUGUUCUUGAAGAAGCUCUUAAUGGUACUGUCACAAUUAGGCCUUUGCCAAUUGGUACAUCAUGCAGUACGAAGGUAGAAAAGCAACAAGCACAUUUUUUUGGUGUAACAAUUAGUGAAGAACAAGCUGCAGCAGGGAUUGUUGUUAGAGCAAGUUCAGCUGCUCAAAGCAAAUUUAAGCUGCUUUAUUUUGAACAAGAUACAACCGGGGGUUAUGGCUUAGCAUUGCAGGAAGACAGUGAAAAAACUGGCAAGACAACAUCGGCUGGAAUGUAUUUUUUGCAUUUCCAGGUUUAUAGGAUGGAUUCAACAGUAAAUGCGCUAGCAAUGGCCAAGGAUCCAGAUGCUGCUUUUUUUAAGAGAUUGGAAGGUCUUCAACCUUGUGAGGUCUCAGAAUUAAAAGCUGGCACUCACAUAUUCGCUGUUUAUGGAGAUAACUUCUUCAAACCUGCUACAUAUACAAUUGAGGCUCUUUGUGCUAAAACAUAUGAGGAUACAACCAGCAAGCUGAAGGAUAUUGAAUCUCAGAUUUUGGGGAAGAGAAAUGAGCUUCGACAAUUUGAGACUGAAUACAGAAAGGCAUUGGCACGAUUCCAGGAAGUGACCAACAGAUAUGCACAGGAGAAGCAGGCAGUGGAUGAAUUGAUGAAACAGCGAGACACCAUCCAUUCAUCAUUCACUGUUGCAAGGUCGGUCAUUAGCAGUGGAAGUAGUGGGCAUUUUAAUAAUGGAAGCAGCAGCAGCAACAAAGUUCUUGGUGAUGAUUCUAGAGCUGAGUACCCAGGGGAUGAUGGAACCCCUGAAUCCAAGGACAAAUCUUCCAAGAAAAAGUGGUUUAAUCUUAAUCUAAAAGGAUCAGAUAAGAAGGCUACUUGACGAGUGGGACACUGUUGUAGUCUCAUCUGGGUUUAACAGUUUUGGAUCAUCUUGCACAGAUCAAAGCUUGUAUCAUUGCAAUCAUGUAUUUUUUUGUUCAUUUUUCCCUAUAUACACAUACUAAUAUAUGUAUCCUAAAGGACUGAAUUAUUCAGUAUAUUGAUGGUUUUCAUGUAAUGUGUUCUUGCAUUUUAUCAUAAAUUCAUAAUCAUCAUGCCAUUUCAACUUCCAAGUUGGUUUAG